UUCAUUACCAGAGUUCAUCUCCCUUAUAACGUUGUGAGAUGCAUCAACAUAAGUUAUUUCCUUUGCAGAGUGUGGAGGCGACCACAUUACCACCGGUAGAACCCGAGCAGCCCUACUCCACAGCGCCACUAGUAUCCAGUCCCACGCAUGGAGCGUUAUCACCCGAACAACGUUCUAAACUACAGUCGGAAUUGGACGUUGUCCAAUCGAACAUGGUUGUUUUCGGAGAGAUGUUAAACGAGAUGCAGCCUGGUAACGAGCAUCCAGACGAAUUAGAGUUGUUGCAGGAGUUAAACUCCACAUGUCACGGAAUGCAGCAGCGUCUCGUCGAGUUGAUAAGCAAGUUGUCCAACGACGAACUGACCGCGGACCUGUUGCGGAUUAACGACGAUCUGAAUAAUCUGUUCUUGAGGUACAGUAGAUGGGAGAAAAAUCGCGAGGCGGGCGGUCAGUCGGCUUCGGCCGUGUUGGCUAAGGCGAUUGGACCGGGCCCGAAACCGAUUCCGUCACAGGCAGAUGACAGUCUUAUUGAUCUGGGGCCGCCGGAUUUGUCCGAUCAUUUUGGUAACUUAAGUAAGUUCCGUUAUAGCAAUUUAAUUUUAAAUCGAUAAGGGUUUACCACAUAAACAGUUGAUAAGGAAACGCCAGAUACUGAAAAAUCUAAAGGUCAUGCUGAUUAAAGCGUUUCAAUUUUGUA